AUGAGCUGUCGCAGUAACGACAGCGUGCGCCCCUUGGCCACUAGACCCAACCUGCUACGGGCCUUCCCCCGCGCCAUCAAAGGCAGACAGAGACAGGACAAGGGCAAAAGCAAAACGACCGCCCACUUCAGCCCCAUUCUGUUUAUCGCCAGUAGCCAGUGGGCAGAGGGGUCCUCUAUCCUCGCAGGCCGUCAGCAGUCAUCGGCGUUUUCGUGCGCCGACUGGGAAUCGCAGAGGCAUGAGCGUGGUUGUAGAUCAGCCUGGGAUUGCCAUGAUGCACCAAGGCCUCUCUACACCGUCUACACCGUCUACACCGUCUACACCGUCUACACCGUCUACACCGUCUACACCGUCUACACCGUCUACACCGUCUACAUACACCGUGUGUACAGCUAUGUGCCAUGUAUUCGUAACCCCAGAGUACCUAUGUAG